CAAGCACGCAUGCGCAAAUGGUUAGUUUACCGACAACCGGAAGCACCACUGUGUAAAAUUGACCGAACUGGAUAGUACUUGGUAUGAUGGAAAGGUGAUGUGCCAAUCAGAGAUGCGAUAAGGCCAGAGAAGCCAUGACUGAGUGCUUCCUGCCCCCCAGCAGCAGCCCUGCAGAGCAGCGCAGGGCUGAGCACCCAGGGGGUGCGGCCCGGACCCCCAGCUCUGAGGAAAUAAGUCCCACUAAGUUCCCCGGGUUAUAUCGCACAGGUGAACCAUCGCCGCCUCAUGAUGGACAUCACCAUGAGCCACCUGACACCUACGUCUCGGACGAUGACAAAGAGCACAACAAGAAGAAGAACAAGUUCAAGAAGAAGGAGAAAAGGACGGAGGGAUACGCCGCCUUCCAGGAGGACAGUUCAGCAGAUGAAGCGGAGAGUCCUUCCAAGAUGAAGCGCUCCAAGGGAAUCCAUGUGUUUAAGAAGCCAAGCUUCUCCAAGAAAAAAGAGAAGGACUUUAAGGUAAAAGAGAAGGGCCCCAAAGAGGACAAGGCCAAAGAUAAGAAGUCAAAGGACCUGACAGCUGCAGAUGUGGUCAAACAGUGGAAGGAGAAGAAGAAGAAGAAGAAGCCUACGACAGAGGCAGAGCCAGUCCCAGUGGAGACCCCGACUUUCAGGCCCAUCUUUGGAGCUCCUUUGACUGAAGCUGUGAAGAGGACAGCUCUGUAUGAUGGAAUCCAGCUGCCAGCCAUCUUCAGAGAAUGUGUGGACUAUAUUGAAAAUUACGGCAUGAAGUGUGAGGGCAUCUACCGGGUCUCAGGUAUGAAGUCCAAGGUGGAUGAGCUGAAAGCAGCAUACGACCGUGAGGAGUGCCCCUGUCUGGAGGAGUACGACCCUCACACAGUGGCCAGUCUGCUGAAGCAGUACCUCCGCGAGCUGCCAGAGAACCUGCUGGGUCGUGACCUGGCCCAGCGGUUCGAGGACGCCUGCGGCCGGCAGGUGGAUGCCGAGAAGGUGACGGAGUUCACGAGGCUGAUGGCUGAAGUAUUGCCAGAGAGUCGACUUCUUCUGUCCUGGCUCGUCACGCAUAUGGACCACGUCAUUGCCAGGGAGGCGGACACCAAGAUGAACAUUCAGAAUAUUUCCAUUGUCCUCAACCCCACUAUACAGAUUGGAAAUCGUGUUCUUUACAUUUUUUUCACCCACGUGAGGGAGCUGUUUGGAGACGUUGUCCUGAAGCCGGUGGUGCGGCCGCUCCGCUGGUCCAACAUGGCGACGAUGCCGGCUCUGCCUGAGACACAGGAGAGUAUCAAAGAGGAGAUCAGACGACAGGAGUUCCUGCUGAACUGCCUGCACAGAGACCUCCAGGCAGGUGUGAAGGACUUGUCCAAAGAGGAGCGACUCUGGGAGGUCCAGAGAAUCUUGACCGCUCUCAAACGCAAGCUGAGAGAGGCAAAACGUCAGGAGUGUGAGAGUAAGAUAGCUCAGGAGAUAGCCAGCUUGUCAAAGGAAGAUGUCUCCAAAGAGGAAAUGACUGAAAAUGAAGAGGAAGUCAUCAACUUACUUUUAGCACAGGAAAACGAGAUCCUGACAGAGCAGGAAGAGCUGAUUUCUCUUGAGCAGGUGCUGCGCAGACAGAUUGCUACUGAGAAGGAAGAAAUCGAGCGGCUGCGUGCAGAGAUUGCAGAUAUACAGAGUCGGCAGCAGGGACGCAGUGAAACGGAGGAAUAUUCAUCCGACAGUGAAAGCGAGAGUGAAGAUGAGGAAGAGCUGCAGAUGAUACUAGAAGAUCUACAGAAACAAAAUGAGGAACUAGAGAACAAAAACACCCACCUGAACCAGGCCAUCCAUGAGGAGCAGGAAGCCAUCCUAGAGCUCCGAGUCCAGCUUCGUCUCCUGCAGAGCCACAAACAGCAGCAGGAACUGACCGCCCAGCCGCCAGCCGAGCAGGCUCCUCCAACACAGCCAAGCCCGGAGGCCCGCAGCGAGGAGCAAACCAAACGCUCCGUCGCCGCCGUGGCUGUUGCUGCCACUGAAGUAGCCUCGACCAAUGGAAAGGCAGCUAAGGAUCCUUUAAAGCCCUCGCCAAGCAAAGACAGAAGAGACACCAACAUGUGAGAUCUCAGUGAUGCAUCUAGCUGUACGUCUCUACCGCUGGUCAGUUGUCCUGUAGUCUGCUUGCUAUCCGCCAGAGAUGCGUUAAUCAGUGAUUGUGGCCACUCUCUGGUCACUAAACAAAAAUCUGUUACGUAGUCAUUAGCGUCCUGACUUAAUGUGUCAUUCUCCUGUGUGAAUACAAAACCUAGAAACAGUAGCAGACAACUGGUUACCACUGUGAGACUCGCAGAGACCAUAUUUUCAAAUCUGCAGUGCCAAGCCUGUACGGAGGAGGAGGAGGGGUGAAAGGGGAAAUGAAGGGAUUCCUGAAGGGGAGUGGGGGAAUGUAAGAGAGAUUACUCAGUUUAUUUUCCACUGUUAAGUGAAUCAAGAAGUGAUUACAAAACCAGUUAUGAUUCUAGUCCCUUGUAACUUAGUUUUAUCCCUCACCUUAAUGUCAGGAUAGAGACCACUGUGCCAUAAGAGACAACUCCCAGAGAACCACUGAUACUUAAGUAAUGAAGAAUUUACGAUUGGUCCAUCUGUAUAUUAUAUAUUUAAGUAGUAUUCUGGCAAAUAUGGACAAAUAUGACUGUUAAAGAAAUACAUUAGUUUGAAUUUUAGUUUUUUGUUUUUUUUAGUUAUGUAUAAAUAAAUUUAUUGUAGAUGCUUUCCAGUCUUUAAACAGCAGAUGCACAAAAAGCUAUGAUGUUCCACCUUGCAGCUCACCGGCGGAUGAAAACAAGAGUGGCAAACAAAUACGCAACAGAAGUAUACUCAUCACUGCAAAGUGCAGGCAAACGCUAACGCAGUCAUCUCUUCUGUUAUCGUAGCCUCUUCUUUACUAACAUGGAAAUGAGAAAAUUACAUUUGCUCUGUUUAAUGUUGAUGUAACAGAUCUGUGGUCUCCAAAACGUCUGCAGACAUGGAGGAGGUUUAUUUGGUUUUGUUGUGUAUUUGAUUGUGGGUUUUUUUUAUUAUUCCUGUGUGAAGUCAUAAAUGGCAUCAGCUUUAAUAAAAUAAAUAAAAAUCAAUCAUUUCAUAAAAGAUCUGUGACUGUUGCAAAGUCCUGUCAUUGUUCAAUACUAUUAAAAAGCAAAGGCAUGGCCUGAUUUAUGUUCUGUAUAUUGUAAAAUUGCAAACAACCUAUUUUCAACUCUGUUGUUUUGUCAUAUGCUUCUUUUGUUUUUAACAUUAUUGACGUAUGGAUAAUACUAGUGUGACUGCCCCUGCUUUGGUCACGGACCAAUGGAAGCAAUCUCAUCUAGACUCAUGAUUCAGCAUUUUUAAUCCUGUGACUGAAAAAGACACAUGACGGAUUGGGGCUCAGAAGCUUCUCGUGAGGUUAUUUUCAUAUUCAGAGCUUUUGUAGCACAUCGUUGCAGACAGACUAAUGCUGUGAAAAAUAAAAGUGUCUGUCUGAAUCUC